UUUUGCAAUAGAGGCAGAGACGGAAACUGUACACACAAGAUGAAUGGAGGCAGCGGAUGCCAAGGAAACGCCGAGAAAUGAGGAGUCUCUGCUUGUUUUCUUAUGUCGCCCUCCUGGCCGCCGCAGUCUCAGGUGAAUUUCAUCUACAGACACAGGAUACGAAACAAGUAGCAGAAGUGGGGUCAGAUAUUUUUUUGCCGUGCACCUUGUCAACCCCUCAGGGUCUGGCCGAGUUCAAAGUACAUUGGUUCCGCUCCCUUUACCUCUCGACGGUAAUUUUACUGCACAAUGGAAAGGAAGACAAGGAGAAUCAGAGUCCGGAGUAUAGUGGAAGGGCGGCUCUGCGGGCCCCACCGGGCUCUGGGGACCUGACAUUGAAGUUACAGAAUGUCAGCCUCUCUGAUGCCGAUAUAUAUCACUGUCUAGUGGAGAACAUCAGCAGCCAAUACUACGAAGAAGUGGUCAUAGAGCUUAUUGUCAUAGGCACAGGCUCCGUCCCUGUCUUGGGGGUCUCUUUGGAGGAUAAUUCCAUUGGUAUCACCUUCAUCUCAUCAGACUGGUUCCCAAGUCCUGAAAUGCAUUGGGAGGUGGAUGGUGGCCCAGUGGUCUCAGACGGUCAGGAGAUCAUUCGUAACCAGAGCAAUGGUCUGUUCCAGUUAGAGAGCAGAAUUUUGCUGAACAGCCCCAGUGACGGCCACGUGUACGGCGCGGUGCGGCAUCCAGUGACCGGGAAGGAAGUUGGACUUUAUAUGAAAAUCUCAGAGGACAUGUUUCCCCGUCUCUCAUCGUGGGCGUACGCCUUCAUCUUUUCCUCUUUGACAUUGACAGCAGGAGCCAUUUUUGCAAUUGUUUACAUCCAGAAGCAGCACAAACAACAAGCGGACCUCCGCAGGACCAUAGAUGAUCUCUCUUCUGAAGUUGCUUGGAGAAAAGCCGUUAUGACUCCAGAACACAUUACGUUAAGUCCAGAGACAGCCCACCCCGAGUUGUCCGUCGCCCCCAACUUCCUAACGCUCAUGAAUCGACGGCCGGUUGACCCAUUUCCCUCGAGCAAUUCCCGUUUUGAAACUGAGCGUUGCUGCCUGGGACUACCUGCCUUUUCCACCGGCUGCCAUUACUGGGAAGUGGAGUUAGGCAAUUGCCUGGAGUGGGCCGUUGGAGUGGCUUCCCCCCAGGUCAGGAGAAGAGGAGACGCGUAUAUGUUUCGACCCCAGGAAAACAUUUGGUGUAUCUCCCGUUUCGUAGAAGACUUUAGAGCCCUAGACACUCAAGAGGCUCCUCUAGCAGUGGGACAGCUUGAGCGAGUUGGGGUCUACCUGAAUCUUUCGGGACCCCGGCAGCUUACCUUCUACGAUCCAAAAACUUGGGAUGCCCUCUAUACAUUCGAUGGCGUUGGACAUUCUAGAGAACGUGUCUUACCCUUCUUCUGGUUGGGCACAACUGGAGACACCGUGAGGUUGAUGGGUGGAGACCAACAAGAAAUCCAGAAUGGAAUUAUGGGAAAUUAAAGAUGGUGGGAAGAUUGAAGUGGACUGGUUCUGGUAUUGACGGGUGAACUGUAAGAUGCAUAUAUAGUAGUGCAGUGGUCUUCAAACUGUGGACCUCCAGCCACCUGAGGAACCUCUUAAAGGGGUACUCCGGUGGAAAACUUUUUU